GUUCACAUUGUGUGUAUGUUUAACUAUUCUGGAAAAAAUAAGAACGAACGCAAUGAACGGAAAAUUGGUGAAGCUCGAUUCUGCCGACUGUGAAGGCUCAUCUGAUGAAGGCAGCGAUCAUGAUAAUGAGCAGCAUUCCGAAUUGAAGGUGAAACCCGUAAAAGCCUCCAAAAAAAGCAAAGAAGCCAAAAAGACCGAAGACGAACAGAGCAAUGGAAUUGAGAAGAAACCGCAAAGUGGACCAGGAAACAACAUCGACAAGCGCGUGUUUAGCAUUUUGAAAAACUUUCAGGAUACCACAAACAUAACGUCGAAGAUGUUGCAGGACCUGGUUGCACUGCUCCAAGAAGAGUCGUCCGAAAAGCGCAACGCCACAGCAACAUAUGUUGUAAAACGCUUGAUACGCGCCACGGGGGCGGACAACAAAGAGACGGUCGCCAAGGUGGGCAGCAUCAUAAGGCUCAUCAUUAGGAAUGUGCCCGACGUGAACGAGCUGGAUCUGCUGGACAUUGUAGAGCGUGAACUGCCCGUGAACGGCCAGCCGAAAAAGAAGGAGGAGACACUGGCAGCAGUCGGACAGGUGAUCACCGCAAGUAGCAUACUGGAACUAUCCCAAAAAUUAUCCAACGAACGAGAGCUAGCGCCCAUCUACGCGAAGCUGAUCGGUUACAUGAAGGGGCGCGAGUACCUGAUGUGCUUGAGCAACAAUGUGAUUGUGGAAUCCUUUGCAACGGUCCCCGAAAAACGUUUCGCGACAGACGUUUGGCCAGUGUUAAAGCAGGACAUUAGCAAGCCCGUGUCUCAGCUGAACCUGCACACCUGCGAUGUUCUAUUGGCGGUUCACGACAGCUACAACAAUAUUCUCACACAGGACCAAUUGAUGGCCAUCCUGUGGCCCAAGAAGAUAGAGUAUUCAGAACUAUUCAAGAUUUAUUUCGCCGCCCCGAAGAUGUACGAUCCCAGAAUCUAUGCCAGAUUCGGCAAGUUUCUCGGCACUGCCGAUAAAAAUUCUAAGAUACUCGAAUCCUGGCAGAAUUAUGCAUACGAGCAUAGGUCCCAGAACGUUGCAUCAAAGGGAUGCAUCUUCAAGGUGACCAAGCACCUAAUUAUCAGCCAAAAGAACGCCAAUGAGCAGCAAUUAAUAGAUCUAUUUGCCAGCCCCUUGAUGGACUUUAUAUUGGAUGAACUUUUGGCAGCAAAAACCACCAGCGCCAAGAACCAGAAGCCAUUGACAAUGCAGUUUCGCGAGAUAUGCCAGGAGUUCGAAUGUGCGGUCAUUCUGCUCUUUGAAAAUCCUGCGACUGGCGACGAAACGAAGGCCAGAAUAUUGAGCAAUUUGCUCAGAAAGAGGGGAAAUUUGAAUGAGCUUGCCACAACGCGACGGUUCACCGAGACGUUGUUGAACACGUUAAAGUACGGCGGCCUCAAGAUACUUUUCGACCUAUACGCGUCCCUACUGGCAACGCCUGUCGGCAUGGAAGAACCGCAAGACAAUGGCCCGCGGAACCAACUAGAAUGCGUCAGCCAAAUGCAGGCCAUCUUGCAACAUCCCGAGCUUGACGCCAACAAAAAGGAACGCUGGUCAAUGCUGAAGACAAUACUGACUGCCGGCGUUUGCCAUGUGGCAUCUGGCCUGCAGCCCUGUCCGCCUGCCGCCUCAAUCCUAAGCGAUUCGACUGCCGAUCGCUGUAAAACAAUAUUCAUUGGCUUACUUAUACGCAGCUGUCACGGUGACAUCAAAGAGCUCAGCAAAGAUUUGCGAAAGACUCUCGAGUUUUUGAGGAAGUUCUUGUCGAAAACGGAGAACGCUAACGCCCAACGGCACGCACCCAAUGCUGACCAGCAGCUGGCCUGGAAUGUGCUGGAAAAGCUGCAGCACAGCGACGACAACGAAUCCAAUGCCAGCGCUCAGAUCAUUGAAGUUCUGAUAUUGUUUGUGGGUCUGGCACAGUACACAUCCUGCUGCCAGCUACAGAUAGACAUCCUAAACGAUCUGAUGGUCUGUCGCAAUAUGAAAAUGAAGGAACAGAAGAUGGAAUCCGAGGAGGACCCUAGCUGGCAGGAAGUGGUCACGGACAUCUUGCUACAGCUGCUGCUGGAAACGGCUGGCCAUUGGCGUGAAUUCACCAACAUAAUUGUCAAAUCGAUGCUGCCAUAUCUCGAACAGGUGCACUUGACGCAAAUACUCCAGCGCCUGGAUAUGGAUUCGAACCCUCUGGGCGAAGAUGAGAACGAAAGUAGCAGCGAUGAAAAUGAGAAUGAAAAUGAGGGGGAGGGGGAGAGCAAUGACGAUGAUAACGAUUCAAGCGCUGACGAUGAUGACAACUCCGAAGACGAGGACGAAGAUGCAGCCACGUUAGAAGAUAAUGCCUUGGAGAAACUUCGCGACGAUGUACGCCAGGCGCUGCAGAACGGCGAUGACGGAGCCAGCGAAGCUAGCAGCGUGGACUGGAACGAUGUGGCUGAGGAGAGCGGCAAGCGCCUCGAUGAGUCCCUAGCGGCUAUAUUUAAGAUGCGCAGUCAGGCGUCACAGCGCAAAAAACGUCCAACAAAAUCCGAUCGUAUUCACAGCACCACCUUGCUACACUUUCGUGUACGCGUCCUAGACCUUGUCGAAGUGUUUGCCAACAAGAAGCCAACCAUGAAUGUAAUCCUAGAUGUGUUGCAGUGCGUUUUUCAGGUGUUUUGUCGCACCAUCAACGACAAGGAUCAGCGACCGCUCCAACAUGCCAGCCAGAAGCUGCUGGCCAAGCUGGUCAACAAGGAAAUAGUAUUUGAAGAUGCCCAGGAUCGUAGCCAGAUAAUUGAUGCCAUUGAGGAGCUGUUUGCUGCCACCAAUUCGGCAUUGGAGGCCAGGCAAAUUCGCGGGGCCCCCAACUCGCAUGAGUUGCAGCAGCAGCUGACCAUGUGGCGCGACAAAUGCUUCGCCGCCUUGAUAACCCAGUGCUCCAACAAGGAUGAUGUUGAAAACAGUGUUGCAUGGCCGCUCCUGAAACAAAAACUGAAUGAAUGGCUACCGGGGCGCAAAUCCAAACAGUCGCUAUCCAGCUUCGAGUCCAUAUUCCAGUUCAAGCCGACCUGGCCAGGCGUCAGCCAAUUGGUUGCUCUAUUAGUUUCGCAUUUGAAUCUGACCACACAUCCGAUGAAACGCCAAAUAAUUCUGAAGCUAUUGAAUGCGCAAAAGAAUCGCUUCAAGUCCACGGUCCACGGCCAAAAAGCUGUCAUCCAGGGGCUGGAAAAAUAUGCGAAAGAUUUGAUGGAAUCUGCCCCAGCAGGCAAAGUACAGGAGCUUAGGGCUCUGAAGCAAUUUUUGAAUCCGGCACUAUGGGACACCAAGGAAAGUGUGUUGAAGAUCUCCAAAUCAUUGGAGCAAUUCCUUCAAAAUGAGAACACCGGAAAGCGUAAAUCAACAGCCGGUGAUGAUGCUCCUGUCGCACCGAAGAAGGCCAAGCAGAAGCGUUCGGCUUAAUUAACGAAUUACAGUUUUUAUCUAAUAAAUAAUACAAAAUAUUUGUAUCGUAUCCCCCCCUCCUAUACAUGUACUAUAUUAGUAUGUAUUUUGAAAAAUAUAAAAAAAAAGAAUGGUUGCGAAACGUA